GCCUGUGGCUGUGAGCAACGGAAAGCAUGGGUUAUCAGGGCUUGUGUGUUUUUGUUUAGAGAGUGUGUUUUGAUGUGAGGAUGUCUGAGUGAGUUGUGAGUGUAUGUGCGUGAGGAGACUUCUUGGGAAGGGAGGGAGGCCAAUUCAAAGGAUGCUCAAAAACAAGGCAGGAAUUUUUUUCUCUCCUUUUUGAAUGGUGACUGAGGACUAGCUGAAUUCCUUUGCUCUAGCCGUUGUGCCUCAUCUCUGCUCCAGGGCAUCUGAAGGAUCUCCUGCAUGCAUGGCAGAGGGGCCCACUCUCGCCUAUUACCUCACUAUCCCCUGGGCUGAAAGGUUAUGGGUAAUCUGAUCAGCCGGCCCAGCUGCCUGGGCCAGAAGUCCAAGCAGGUGAGGUCCGACGAGGACUUCCUGAAAGAGUGCUACCAGCGGCGCCGCGAAUGGCAAGCUCCGCCCCUGACGCACCACCGGGAGACCAGGCGGGAGGAGGUGGUCAGAGAGAGGGAGGAGGAGGAGGAGGAGAGGGUGACAGACAGGACGAAGGAGGAUGAGGUAGAGGAUGAGGUGUCUCACAGCAACACCCCUCCCUCGGACAAACCCCUAAGGACCAACCCCUCCCCCGCCCCCACGGUCACCACCACCAGUAUUCUGGACAAUGCCUGGCAAGGCACCCCCUCCCCCAUCAAGACUUCCAGGAACAGCACCCUGACUAGGAAGGCCGUGGUCCAAGAGAUCCCCUAUGGGAGAUCCCCUCUAGCCCAGCCUGGCUCAGUCCCAGGCUCAGCGGAGAGGAGGGCCAGCCUCCAGAGGAAAGACUCCAGAGAAGGAAGCCUCCAAAGGAGAGACUCUAGAGAGGGCAGCCCCUGGUCCUGGAAGACCUUGGCCUCCCGCGAGGUCACGGAGGUGACGGAAGUGACAGAGACAGUUGUGACAGAGAUUGUGGAGGUGACGGAGUACCCGUCUGGAGAGAAGGGCGGAGACCCCAUAGUCACCAGGACUGUUAGGGUUCUGACUGGAGCAGCUGAGGAACUCGCUGAGCUGCAAAGUGAUGGACAUUCUAGUUCAGACCAAGAUUCCAGCUUGGAUCGUUGGAGGGGAACGAGAUCUGUCUUGACUCUGAGAGAUGAUUUUGCAGAUUCUGAAACGUUCCAUCAAUCCCUGGAAGCACUGUUGACCUGGGUCUGUGAGAUAGAGGAGCUGACAGCCAAUCAGAAGCCUCCAUCUUCAGAGGUCAAAGUAGUGAAAGCACAGCUGCAAGAGCAGAAGCUCCUGCAGCGUCUCCUGGAGGACCGGAGGCAUAGUAUGGAGACCAUGAUGCUGGAGGGCCCUCAUAUGGCCGAGGCCUUCCCAGGGGAGGAGGGGGAGCAGGCCAGGGUCCAGCUCUCCACGCUCAGACACAAAUGGGAGGCCUUACUGGUAGAUGCGGUGAACAGGCGGGGCAAUCUGGAGCUCAUCCUGCCCAGGGCCAAGCUCUUCCAGGAGAGGGUGGACAGCCUGCAGCAAUGGCUCAUCUCUGUGGAGCAGGACCUGGCCAAGCUACGCAAUGCUGAGAGGGAAAUGCUACACCUCCCCGAGGGUACGGAGGAAGCCAAGGCUGUGGUGGAAGAGAUCAAGGCAAAAACGCUGACUUGGUGAAAAUUCAACAGAGCGGUCAUGACCUCAAGGAGAAGAUUUCAGAAGAGGAAGCCCAGCAGGUGCAAGAGCGUGUGGACAGCCUGAGGAUACGCUGCUCGGUGUUGAGCCUGACCAGUGGUGACGUGCUGC